AUGCGGCUCCUCGCGCUCCUCGUCCUCCGCGUCCUCGCGCUGCACGGACACCCCACGAGCCCGCGCGCGCUCACGGAGAAGUUCUCGGUCCUGAAGAAGUGGACCAGGCCGCUCCAGUCCCCGGUUCAGGACUCGGGUCGGCCCCUGAACCUGACGAGGCCCUGGUCCUGGUCCCGGUCGGGUCUGGGGUCGGGUCUCGGGUCCAGACCUCGGUGCGGGGUUCCGGACUUUCCGUCUCUGCGGGACGAGUCUGAGAGGACGAGACGACAGAGACAGAGACACCGACGCUUCGUCCUGCACGGAGGACGACUGGACAAGACCCAGCUCACGUACAGAAUCGUGCGGUUUCCGUGGCAACUGCGCGAGGAGAAAGUGCGUCGCGUUUUUAAAGAAGCUCUGAAAAUCUGGAGCGACGUGACUCCGCUGAGCUUCACCGAGAUCCACCACGGGAAAGCCGACAUCCGGAUCGACUUCACCCGGUACUGGCACGGGGAUAACCUCCCGUUCGAUGGUCCUGGGGGGAUUCUGGCUCACGCCUUCUUCCCCAGAACCCACCGCCAAGGAGACGUGCACUUCGACUACGACGAGGCCUGGACCCUCGGGAACCACAUGGGCACGGACCUUCUCCAGGUGGCCGCUCACGAGUUUGGUCACGUUCUGGGGCUGCAGCAUUCUCCGGAGCCGGGGGCCAUCAUGUCGGCGUAUUACUCCUUCUCUUCUCCGCCGAGACUCAGCGAGGACGACCGCCGAGGGAUCCAGUACCUGUACGGCGCCAAACCCCGGCCCCAGCCGCACCUGACGCCCGCCCCCGCCGCUCACGCCGCCCCCGCCACGCCUCCGGAGACCAACGAGAUCCUGACGCCGCCCGACGUGUGCGAGACGGACUUCGACGCCGUGGCUCUGAUCCGGGGGGAGCUCUUCUUCUUCCGCUCGGGGUUCGUGUGGCGGAUCCGUGACGGGCGUCUGGAGAGCGGGUACCCGGCGCUGGCGUCGCGUCACUGGAGCGGCCUCCCCCAGAACAUCGACGCCGCCUUCGAGGACCGAGCCGGAAACAUCUGGUUCUUCCAAGGUUCGAGGUACUGGGUGUUUGACGCUCAGAUGCAGCAGAGGGGCCCGGAGCCUCUGUCGUCUCUGGGGCUGCAGGUCCCGGGGGUGCAGGCGUCUCUGGGCGGGGGGCCCCGGGGGUCACGGGGGCCGGGGGGCCCCUACGACGUCCUGCUGUUCAGAGGAGACGUGUUCUGGAGGUUCAGUCCCAAAGACGGACGAGUGGAGCCCGGGCCCCCCCGAAGUCUGAGCGCCUGGAGAGGGGCCCCCCCGGCCCCACACGCCGCCUUCAGGGACAUCUACGGUUACGCUCACUUCGUUCGGGGGAGGCAGUACUGGAAGUUUGACCCUGUGGGGCUGAACUCUGUGGACGGGGCCCCGGAGGGCGGGGCCUCUCUGGAGGGGUACCCGCGCCUCAUCGGGGUCGAUUUCUUCGGCUGCAGGACCUGAGCCUGAGGAGCAGUACGAGUCUGUACGAGGCUCCGCCCACAAGCCCGCGUCCCCCAGACUCCCACACGACAAAUCUCCAUAAACCCUGAUACUGACGUUUGUACAGGAGUUUCAUUAGUGCGACGCUCUGAAGGGGGAGGGACUCAGCACAGGGAGCAGAGGGAGGGCAGACUCAGAGUGUAAAAUGUUGUUUUGGGGGAACAGAAUAUUUUUCAAACCAUAAAAGAAACACGGUGAUUUCCAAAUGUUGUAGCAGUCACAAUCCCUCGUCACGUUUCACUUUUUAUUUUAUUUUUAGUCGAGUUUUUUUGGCUCAGACUGUGACACUUCUGAACGUGAACAGUAUUUCUCCGCUUCAUUUUAAUUUUUCUGACAAACAUUUGGGAUUUCUGUUUUAAAAAAUAAGAUUCUUUUCAAAGUUUCACAUUUUAAACACGUCCAGAAUCGACCAAAGACUGAAAUCUGAACUCAAACCAGACUCACGUUCAGCAGGUUUGUACAAAUCUGAGCUUCAGGUUUUAUGCAGAAACUUAAGACUUUGUGGUUCGAGUUCUUUCGGAUUGUGACGAGUUUCACGUUUAAAUUUUGUUGAAAACAUUUUCUUAUUUUAUUUUUAUUUUAAUCUCAGGAACGGGCCGCUGCCGUGUUUUUAUUUUGCACAAUAUUUCUGAAUUUUUACAUUUUGCUUUAAGCUCCACAUUCGUACAGGGCAAGACCAGGACUAACCCAGGACUGAACCAGGACUAAACCAGGUCUAAACCAGGACUAAACCAGGUCUAAACCAGGACUAAACCAGGACUGAACCAGGCCUAAACCAGGUCUAAACCAGGACUAAACCAGGUCUAAACCAGGACUAAACCAGGACUGAACCAGGCCUAAACCAGGUCUAAACCAGGACUAAACCAGGACUAAACCAGGACUAAACCAGGACUUAACCAGGACUAAACCAGGACUGGACCAGAACUAAACCAGGACUUAACCAGGACUAAACCAGAACUAAACCAGCUUUAAACUAGGACUAAACCAGAACUAAACCAGGGAAUAAACUAGGACUGAGCCAAGACUAAACCAGGUCUAAACCAGAACUAAACCAGGACUAAACCAGGUCUGAAUCAGGACUGAACCAGGGACUGAGUCAAGACUAAACCAGGUCUAACCCAGGGUCAUGUGUGAUUCCAGUGACAGUGUGCGGGUCCCACAUGAUGACCUCAUCAGGUGGCCGAGCCUGUGAGCGGGUGGUGGUGCGUUCGUGGUCUCUCUCAGUGCAGGACGCUGCAGCUCUCGUGUUUAAAGCCUCUCGGUGUUUUUUGUUGUACAGAUUUUCAUCGUGUUUUCGUUUGUGACUCUGUUUGUUUUAUAUUUGAAUAAAAUCAUAUUCUUGGA